AUGUCCGCUCCUCACGAAUAUCAUCACCAGAAUGCUCCACCCUCGCCCGAUGACAGCGACGAAGACCUCGAACUGCUCGACCCCAUCAGCUCCGCCCACGAUUCCGCCGCCGAUCCGCCGCACCUCGCCUCCUCCAACGAGCGCCGGCCGCUCCACGAGCUAGGUGCCCGCAUUCCUCUGCGCAACCUGCGCGUUGGCCGCUUGCGAGGCAACAGUCACAUGCGCCACGAUGACCCCGACGCCGAGUCGCUGCGUGGCCUUGUCGACGACGAGGACGGGGGCAACAAGCGUCGCCAUUCGCACCAUGACAGCAUUGGCACCAUCGGCGACGACGAUGCUCCUCUGCUGCCUGGCGGCUCGCCCGCCCAGAGGCUGAAGCCGCAAGGCCGCAUGGCAAGGCUGAAGUCACACGUCCGCCUGCCCAGCUUCAUGUCCGGCGCUCGACCCGUAACGCCUCCUGAGCCCUACGCCGCCGAAGCCGAAGCCGACGACCACGACCCUUCCUCCAACCGCACCGUCGCCGUCGGUCAGCUCCAGACCUCCAAAUUCCCUGCAAACGCCGUUUCCAAUGCCAAAUAUACCCCAUGGAGUUUCCUUCCACGCACCCUAUACAACGAGUUCUCAUACUUCUUCAACAUGUACUUCUUGCUCGUCGCCCUGUCGCAGGUUAUCCCCGCCUUACGAAUCGGCUACCUUUCGACAUACAUUGCUCCUCUCGCCUUUGUCAUCAGCAUCACCCUCGGGAAAGAGGCUUCGGACGACAUUCAACGCCGACGCCGGGAUGCCGAGGCCAACUCCGAGCCCUACACAGUCCUGCGCUUCGAUGACCCCAGCGCCGGUCCGGGAAAAUCGUCUGUUAUUGGGCCAAGGAGGAACAAGCUUAGAAAGACUAGGUCAAUCAGAUCGAGCCGCGGGUCCGAUGGGGAGGGAAGCCUCAGUGGGAUGGGCAGGCCGACAGCCUCCGUUUCCGAGAUUAGCAAGCCUUCCAAAGACUUGAAGGUUGGUGAUAUUCUAAAGCUGGGUAAGGAUCAGCGUGUUCCUGCAGAUCUGGUCAUUCUGGCGUCCUACAUCAGCGAUAAUGCAGUUCUGGAAUCCACAGGGCCUGAGCCUCCCGUGUCUCCACAACAAAACCUGAUCGACACUGAUGGCGACGGCACUGCGUCUGCACAACAAGUGGCUCAAGAACCCUCCUCGUCCGGCAACGACUCAUCUGGGGAGGCCUUCAUUAGGACCGAUCAACUUGACGGAGAGACGGACUGGAAGCUCAGAAUCGCCUCGUCUCUUACCCAAUCGCUAGACGUCUCCGAAUUGACCCGUUUACGGAUUGUAGCUGGGAAGCCGGACAAGAAAGUCAACGACUUUGUUGGCACCGUCGAGCUCCUGCCAAAAGAGAAGAGCGGUUAUGACCCGCAUGUUGAAGAGCAGCCAGCCUCAGAGAGCACAAAGUCUGCUCCUCUCACCAUUGACAAUACCGCCUGGGCGAACACGGUCCUCGCUUCCAGCUCCACAGUCCUUGGCGUCGUUGUCUAUACUGGCCCGGAAACUCGUCAGGCUCUGUCUACUUCGGCUUCCAGGUCCAAGGUCGGUCUUUUGGAGCUGGAAAUCAACUCUCUCACAAAGAUCCUGUGCUUCCUCACUUUGGCCCUGUCGUUCAUUCUGGUUGCUCUGAAGGGAUUUGACGCUGAGACUGGACGCCCCUGGUACACCUCGGUUAUGCGUUUCCUGAUUCUUUUCUCCACCAUCGUCCCCAUCAGUCUUCGUGUCAACCUCGACAUGGGUAAAUCGGUCUACGCCAGGUUCAUCGAGAAGGACCAGGGCAUUCCUGGAACGAUUGUGCGGACUAGCACUAUCCCUGAGGAUCUCGGACGCGUUGAAUACCUCCUAAGCGAUAAGACGGGAACUCUCACCCAGAAUGAAAUGGAGAUGAAGAAGAUCCAUGUUGGAACUGUAUCGUAUGCCAACGAGGCCAUGGAUGAAGUCACCACAUACGUUCAACAAGCGUUUUCUGUUCCCCCAAUGGAAGGUUCCAACGCUUCUGUGCUUAUAACGCCAUCUUCAACAUACACCGUUCCAGCCACAUCUGCCACGAGGACUAGAAGAGAAAUCGGUUCCCGCGUCCGUGAUGUCGUCCUUGCUCUAGCACUUUGUCACAAUGUCACCCCGACCACCGAGGAAGUCAAUGGUGAAGUGGUCACUGCCUACCAGGCAUCUUCCCCGGAUGAAAUUGCCAUUGUCAAAUGGACAGAAAACGUCGGGCUUCGCCUCCUUCAGCGUGAUCGUCACAGCAUCACCCUGGAGUCUGUUGAAACCGGCCGCACCGUUGUCAGGGUACAGAUCCUCAAUGUCUUCCCAUUUACGUCGGAAGGAAAGCGCAUGGGUAUCGUCGUGAAAUUCUUCCAAGGCACUGCGACCAACCCUAUGGACAACGGAGAGAUUUGGUUCUAUCAAAAGGGUGCCGACACCGUCAUGACGUCAAUUGUGGCCGCAAAUGAUUGGUUGGACGAAGAGACGGCCAACAUGGCAAGAGAAGGUCUGCGCACGUUGGUGGUUGGUCGCAAGAAGCUUUCUCCCCAACAGUAUGACUCUUUCAGCCGACAGUUUUCGGAUGCAUCCCUUUCCUUACACGGCCGAGACGUUGCCAUGGCCGACGUGGUUAAGAAUUUCCUCGAGAACGACCUUGAGUUGCUCGGUGUCACAGGCGUCGAAGACAAGCUACAGCGCGACGUCAAGCCUUCAUUGGAGCUCCUCCGCAAUGCCGGUAUUAAGAUCUGGAUGUUGACCGGAGACAAGGUAGAAACCGCACGCUGUGUUGCAGUUAGCUCUAAGCUCGUCGCUCGUGGUCAAUACAUCCACACGAUUGCAAAGCUAAAACGAAAAGACCUCGCAAAUGACUCGCUCAACUUUCUCCGUGGGAAACCCGAUGCGUGUUUGCUCAUCGACGGUGAAUCUUUAGCGUUGAUGCUCACCCACUACCGGGACGAUUUCAUUUCUGUGGCCGUUCGCUUGCCGACCGUUGUGGCUUGUAGAUGUUCUCCGACUCAGAAAGCUGACGUGGCCAAGCUCAUCCGGGCUUACACCAAGAAGCGAAUCUGCUGCAUUGGAGACGGUGGCAACGAUGUUUCCAUGAUCCAGGCCGCAGACGUCGGUGUGGGCAUCGUCGGAAAGGAAGGUAGACAAGCAAGUUUGGCUGCCGACUUCUCCAUCGAGCAGUUCUGCUACCUCACCAAGCUCCUCGUCUGGCACGGGCGCAACAGCUACAAGCGGUCCGCCAAGCUCGCUCAGUUCGUCAUCCACCGCGGCCUGAUCAUCAGCGUGUGCCAGACCAUCUACAGCAUCGCCAGCAAGUUCGAGCCCAUCGCGCUGUACCGCGACUGGCUGCUGGUGGGCUACGCGACGCUUUACACAAUGGCACCCGUCUUCUCGCUGGUGCUGGACCGCGAUGUCGACGAGUCGCUGGCGAACCUGUACCCGGAGCUCUACAAGGAGCUCACCACCGGCCGCUCCCUCUCGUACCGCACCUUCUUCAUCUGGGUUUUCGUGUCCAUCUACCAGGGCAGCAUGAUCCAGGGGCUCAGCCAGAUCCUCGUGGGCACCGAAGACUUCGCCAAGAUGGUCGCCGUGUCCUUCACCGUGCUCGUGCUCAACGAGCUGGCCAUGGUCGCCGCCGAGAUCACCACCUGGCACCCUGUCAUGAUCUUCACCAUCCUCGGCACCGCCGCCAUUUACUUCGGCAGCAUCCCCUUCCUCGGCGACUACUUCGACCUCCGGUUUGUUGUUAGCGUCGGCUUCCUGUGGCGCGCCGUGGCUAUCCUUGCCAUUGCGUUGGUGCCGCCAUAUGCUGGCAAGAUCAUUGGAAGGACGAUACGGCCGCCGAGUUAUCGGAAGGUGCAGGCUGUGUAA